AUGUGGUCCAACUGCUGCUCUUUGUACAAAACGCUUGUGGUCCAAGAUCGGAUAUGGGACGCUAGGGACCUGAUAGUUGCACUGGUAGAAUCUGACCGUCCUGUAAACACAUGGCAAUGGAUCUUCAACGCCGAUAUCUAUUCCCGAGACGCAUUCACCCAGCUUUACGCUGACUGGAACGUGGAGGAGUAUGAUUUAUCGACCUAUCUCGCCAUUCUUGAUAUUUUGGUUAGUACCGCAAGAGGGUUGACCUCGCUUCUACCAAAUGAGCAGGAUAUCCAAGCCGCAGAGCGGUGCUUACAGAAUGCGUGUACGGUAGCAACCUGCUUGAAAGAGAAUAAUCAGCAGAUGGUCAAAUCUCGGCCAUACAUGCAUUGGGUGCUGGCUGAGGAGGAUUUACAAAGGAUGAAGCUGGCCACGGAGGAUCGUCUCAAAGAGGAAGGCUUUCUAGGUUUGAAAAUCAUGAAAGGCGCCCUUCCAAUAUACGUGCCGAUAAAAUCCGAGAAUCCGACGUGGUGGGUCAUGUAUGGGCAAUCAAAACAGCAAUCUGGAACGCUUUUGGAAUCCACGCUCCAGGCCGCACGUGAAAUAGCUGACUAUGCGACUGAGGCUUGGUGUCUGGAGCAGAUGAUAUCACGCUCGCCAGAACCUCCAGUGGAAUUAUUUGCUCAAUUGUGCCAUCUCCAGAAGACCCUCAUGAGAGAUAUGUUCGAGUAUCGGCGAACCUGUAUGUCAAAGUUUCUCCUUGCAGAAGCAGACUACGCCCAAAGAGAACUACUGGAUGAGUUGAAGACGAUACGUGGACAACGUGAGACUAGCUUUGUUUACUCAUUCAGCGAUUGGUGCGAGUCGAUGAUUGACAAAGCGCUUUGUGAAUCACUUGGGAUUGCCAGCAACCACGAUCAAGCUGAUUUGAAUUCUUUCGCCCCCUUUCUUCCGCAGUUUAUGAAAGAUUUUCUCGAGGAGGUGGGGCUUGACAACAUCUAUGGCCUUGAUUUCAAAAGCGACUACCGAGGUAAGGAACGAACGUGA